UAGCCCGGCUCCGGGCCCGCGCGCCCCGCAUAGCCUGCAGCCCCGGCAUCGAGACCCUCCCGGCGCCCGAGGGGCUCCGCCAGGCAGGGGUGGGGAGGAGCCUGCGAGCGCCCGCGGGUGCGCUCCUGGGAACGUCUCGGCGGCGGGGCCCGGAGCGGGUCGGGGGCGGCAGCGACAGUAGCCUCGGGUCCGGCGCGCUGCUCGGCCGCUGGCGACGCGGUGCGCUACGGGGGCUUUGCAAGUCGUUGGAUCAAGUCCUCGUCCGCGGGGCCUCCACUGCUGGGGAAGCUACCCUUGGAGGCCACAGGCAGACAGCAGAAGCUUGGACUUUAGGAGUCAACGCUGCUCUCACUGCCUCCUGAAACCUUGUCCUGUCCCCAUCUUGCCUUCACCCAGACCCUGCCUCCGGCCCACUGCCCUGGACGGCCCUGCCUGCUGCCGGUCCCUGGCAUGUCAAGGCCUGGCCUGCACUUGCCUGUCCAGCCCGCGGAACUCCAGCGGCCCCGCGAGCUAGGAUGAGGGGCCAGGCUGCUGCCCCGGGCCCCAUCUGGAUCCUUGCUCCACUCCUGUUGCUACUACUGCUACUGGGGCGCCGGGCGCGCGCUGCCUCUGGGGCAGACCUAGGGCCUGGGGCAGAGCAGUGCACCACGUUGGUGCAGGGCAAGUUCUUCGGCUACUUCUCAGCAGCUGCUGUAUUCCCAGCCAACGCCUCACGCUGCUCUUGGACCCUUCGCAAUCCGGACCCUCGUCGUUACACGCUCUACAUGAAGGUGGCCAAGGCACCUGCACCCUGCAGCGGCCCAGGCCGUGUCCGUACCUACCAGUUCGACUCCUUCUUGGAGUCUACCCGUACCUACCUGGGUGUGGAGAGCUUUGACGAAGUUCUGCGGCUCUGCGAUCCCUCCGCACCCCUUGCCUUUCUGCAGGCCAGCAAGCAGUUUCUACAGAUGCAGCGCCAGCAGCCACCCCAAGAUGGUGACCUUGGUCCCCGGGGCGAGUUCCCAAACUCCGGUGACGACUUCUCAGUGGAGUACCUGGUCGUGGGCAAUCGCAACCCCAGCCAUGCUGCCUGUCAGAUGCUGUGCCGCUGGCUGGAUGCCUGUCUCGCUGGCAGCCGCAGCUCACACCCCUGCGGCAUCAUGCAAACUCCCUGUGCUUGCCUGGGUGGAGAUGCUGGAGACCCUGCUUCCAGCCCCUUGGUCCCCCGUGGGGAUGUCUGCUUGAGGGAUGGUGUAGCUGGUGGCCCUGAGAACUGCCUCACCAGCCUGACCCAGGACCGGGGCGGGCACGGCUCAGCAGGUGGCUGGAAACUGUGGUCCUUGUGGGGUGAAUGUACGCGGGACUGCGGGGGAGGUCUGCAAACUCGAACCCGCACCUGCUUGCCCAAUCCUGGCGUGGAGGGCGGAGGAUGUGAGGGAGUUCUGGAAGAAGGACGCCUAUGCAACCGCAAGGCCUGUGGCCCCACUGGGCGCACCAGCUCACGGAGCCAGUCCCUGCGGUCCACUGAUGCCCGACGGCGUGAGGAGCUGGGGGAUGAACUGCAGCAGUUUGGGUUCCCAUCCCCCCAGACUGGUGACCCAGCAGCCGAGGAGUGGUCCCCAUGGAGCGUGUGCUCCAGCACCUGCGGCGAGGGCUGGCAGACCCGCACCCGCUUCUGCGUGUCAUCCUCAUACAGUACUCAGUGCAGUGGGCCUCUGAGGGAGCAGCGGCUCUGCAACAACUCUGCCGUGUGUCCAGUGCACGGGGCCUGGGAUGAGUGGUCACCCUGGAGCCUCUGCUCCAGUACCUGUGGCCGUGGCUUCCGUGACCGCACACGCACCUGCAGGCCCCCACAGUUUGGAGGCAACCCCUGCGAGGGUCCAGAGAAGCAAACGAAGUUCUGCAACAUUGCCUUGUGCCCUGGCCGGGCAGUGGAUGGAAACUGGAAUGAAUGGUCCAGCUGGAGCACCUGCUCUGCCAGUUGCUCCCAAGGCCGCCAACAACGGACUCGAGAGUGCAAUGGCCCUUCCUAUGGAGGCGCUGAGUGCCAAGGCCACUGGGUGGAAACUCGAGACUGCUUCCUGCAGCAGUGCCCAGUGGAUGGCAAGUGGCAGGCCUGGGCGUCGUGGGGCAGCUGCAGUGUCACAUGUGGAGGUGGCAGCCAGCGACGGGAGCGUGUCUGCUCUGGGCCUUUCUUUGGGGGAGCAGCCUGCCAAGGCCCCCAGGAUGAGUACCGACAGUGUGGUGCCCAACGAUGUCCUGAGCCCCAUGAAAUUUGUGAUGAGGACAACUUUGGGGCCGUGGUCUGGAAGGAGACCCCAGCUGGAGAGGUGGCUGCUGUCCGGUGUCCCCGCAAUGCCACAGGCCUCAUCCUGCGCCGCUGUGAGCUGGACGAGGAAGGUAUCGCCUACUGGGAGCCUCCCACCUACAUUCGUUGUGUCUCCAUCGACUACCGGAACAUCCAAAUGAUGACCCGAGAGCACCUGGCCAAGGCUCAGCGUGGGCUGCCAGGGGAGGGGGUCUCGGAGGUCAUCCAGACUCUGCUGGAGAUCUCACAGGAUGGCACCAGCUACAGCGGCGACCUGCUCUCCACUAUCGAUGUCCUAAGGAACAUGACAGAGAUCUUCCGCAGAGCCUACUACAGCCCAACACCUGGGGAUGUACAGAAUUUUGUCCAGAUCAUCAGCAACCUGCUGGCGGAGGAGAACCGGGACAAAUGGGAGGAGGCACAGCUGGUAUGUGUGGAGAUGGGGCCCAAUGCCAAGGAGCUCUUUCGGCUUGUGGAGGACUUCGUGGAUGUCAUCGGCUUCCGCAUGAAGGAUUUGAGGGAUGCUUACCAGGUGACCGACAAUCUGGUGCUCAGCAUCCACAAGCUUCCAGCCAGUGGGGCCACUGACAUCAGCUUCCCUAUGAAGGGCUGGCGUGCCACAGGAGACUGGGCCAAGGUGCCAGAGGACAGGGUCACCGUGUCCAAAAGUGUGUUUUCCACAGGGCUGGCAGAGGCUGACGACUCAUCUGUGUUCGUGGUUGGUACUGUGCUCUACCGAAACUUGGGUAGCUUCCUGGCCCUGCAAAGGAACACAACUGUCCUUAACUCUAAGGUCAUCUCUGUGACCGUGAAGCCCCCGCCUCGGUCCCUGCUCACACCGUUGGAGAUCGAGUUUGCCCACAUGUACAAUGGCACCACCAACCAGACUUGCAUCCUGUGGGAUGAGACAGAUGGACCCUCCUCCUCCGCCCCCCCGCAGCUCGGGCCCUGGUCUUGGCGCGGCUGCCGCACAGUGCCCCUCGACGCCCUCCGGACGCGCUGCCUAUGUGACCGGCUCUCCACCUUCGCCAUCUUAGCCCAGCUCAGCGCCGACGCGAACAUGGAUAAGGCGACCGUGCCAUCCGUGACGCUCAUCGUGGGCUGUGGUGUGUCCUCCCUCACCCUGCUCAUGCUGGUCAUCAUCUACGUGUCUGUUUGGAGGUACAUUCGCUCAGAGCGGUCCGUCAUCCUCAUCAACUUCUGCCUGUCCAUCAUCUCUUCUAAUGCUCUCAUCCUCAUCGGGCAGACCCAGACCCGCAACAAGGUUGUGUGCACGCUGGUGGCUGCCUUCCUGCACUUCUUCUUCCUGUCCUCCUUCUGCUGGGUGCUCACUGAGGCCUGGCAGUCCUACAUGGCCGUGACUGGCCGCCUACGGAGCCGGCUCGUCCGCAAGCGCUUUCUCUGCCUGGGCUGGGGGCUCCCUGCACUGGUGGUGGCCAUUUCUGUGGGAUUCACCAAGGCCAAGGGGUACAGCACCAUGAACUACUGCUGGCUCUCCCUGGAAGGGGGACUUCUCUAUGCCUUCGUGGGACCAGCUGCUGCAGUUGUGCUGGUGAACAUGGUGAUCGGGAUCCUGGUGUUCAACAAGCUCGUGUCCAAGGACGGCAUCACGGACAAGAAGCUGAAGGAGCGGGCAGGUCAGCUGCCCGUGGCCCCCCUCGGGCGUGCCCUCACGUGUGCCGAGUGCGGAGUCUUCUCUGCUGCCGAAGCCACCUCCGAAGCCACCAGUAAUGCCAUGGCCUCCCUGUGGAGCUCCUGCGUGGUGCUGCCGCUGCUGGCGCUGACCUGGAUGUCUGCUGUGCUUGCUGUCACCGACCGCCGCUCCGCCCUCUUCCAGAUCCUCUUCGCUGUCUUUGACUCACUGGAGGGCUUCGUCAUCGUGAUGGUGCACUGCAUUCUGCGCAGAGAGGUCCAGGAUGCUGUAAAGUGUCGUGUGGUAGACCGCCAAGAAGAAGGCAACGGGGACUCAGGGGGCUCCUUCCAGAAUGGCCAUGCUCAGCUCAUGACUGACUUUGAGAAGGAUGUGGAUCUGGCCUGUAGAUCAGGUGAGCGCCUGACAGUACUGAACAAAGAUAUCGCUGCCUGCCGCACAGCCACCAUCACAGGCACCUUCAAGCGACCAUCACUGCCUGAAGAGGAGAAACUCAAGCUGGCCAAGGGCCCACCCCCCACCUUCAACAGCCUGCCAGCCAAUGUGUCCAAGCUGCACCUGCACGGUUCACCCCGCUACCCCGGUGGGCCACUGCCCGACUUCCCCAACCACUCUCUCACCCUCAAAAAGGACAAGGCUCCCAAGUCCUCCUUUAUUGGAGAUGGGGACAUCUUCAAGAAACUGGACUCAGAGCUGAGCCGGGCCCAGGAGAAGGCUCUGGACACGAGCUACGUGAUCCUGCCCACAGCCACGGCCACACUGAGGCCCAAACCCAAGGAGGAACCCAAGUAUAGCAUCAACAUUGACCAGAUGCCCCAAACACGCCUCAUCCACCUUAGCAUGGCACCUGAUGCCAGCUUCCCUACCCGUAGCCCACCUACCCGUGAGCCCCCAGGUGGUGUAACCCCUGAGGUGCCCCCUGCCCAGCCCCCACCACCUCCACCUCCACCACCCCCUCCACCCCAGCAGCCCCUACCCCCACCACCCACCCUGGAGCCUGCACCUCCUAGCCUGGGGGACACAGGGGAACCUGCGGCCCACCCAGGACCCAGUUCAGGUGCUGGGACCAAGAAUGAGAACGUGGCCACCCUGUCAGUGAGCUCCCUGGAGCGGCGGAAAUCUCGGUAUGCAGAACUGGACUUUGAGAAGAUCAUGCACACACGGAAGCGACACCAGGACAUGUUCCAGGACCUGAACCGGAAGCUGCAGCAUGCUGCAGAGAAGGAGAAGGAAGUGCCAGGCGCAGACAGCAAGCCAGAGAAACAGCAGACUCCCAACAAGAGGGCUUGGGAGAGCCUCCGCAAGCCCCACGGGACUCCUGCGUGGGUGAAGAAGGAGCUAGAGCCACUGCCCCCUUCUCCACUGGAGCUUCGGAGUGUGGAGUGGGAGAAGGCGGGUGCCACCAUCCCACUGGUUGGCCAGGACAUCAUUGAUCUCCAGACCGAGGUCUGAGCGGGCGGGCGGUGGCCCCACACCGGGCCAUCAGGUGGGAAGCUGCUCUGCCCGCUCCGCCAUAGGUCGGGCACAGAUGCGCUCGCGGUGGCGGGCCGGGUCCAGCCCCGGUCUCAGGGCGCUCAGAGGCGGAGGGC